AUGAAGUCCUCCGGAAAUACCCCUCGUAUCAUCAUCCAUGGCGGUGCUGGAAACAUAACUCGCGACAAUCUUGACGCAGAUGCUUAUCAAGCCUACCGUUCUACCCUUCUCGCGACUCUGCAAUCUUCAUAUGCUCUAUUAUCAGAGCCUGGUGCCACAGCCUUAGACGUUGCAACUCAUGCUGUUUCGAUGCUGGAAGACAAUCCCUUGUUCAAUGCAGGACAUGGUGCUGUCUACACUACUGCAGGAACACAUGAACUGGAGGCUUCUGUCAUGGUGAGCAAAGACUAUCACAAACGCGGCGUCGGUGUCAUGGAAAUCUCGGAAGCGAAGAAUCCUAUCAAACUUGCACGUGAGCUACUGGUCAGAGGAGUGGAGGCAGAUGGGGGUGGUGCUGGCGCCCAUGUGCAACUGGCUGGAGAAACUGCAAAUAAGCUCGCACAAGCAUGGGGCUUGGAGACUGUGAGUCCUGGAUACUACUGGACAAAGCGACGAUGGGAUGAGCAUCGCAAAGGCUUGGGAAAAUCUACGGAUCGUGAGACAUAUCGGAAACACAAGAGACGAGCAGAUAAAUGCUCUUCAUACGUCGCAGAGUGUGCGGCAGAUGCAAGAGAUCUAAACGUCCACGAUCCUUCUUGGAAUGGUCAGGACUACCUUCCUCAGGGAACUGUGGGCGCAGUCGUUCUUGACAGCGAUGGUAUGCUUUGCGUGGCCACCUCAACUGGUGGGCUUACCAACAAGCUUCCAGGCAGAAUCGGAGUUGGAGCCGGCUUCUGGGCUGAACAAUGGAUUGAAGAGAACCCGUUCGACCGUCCACGUGGCAUGAUCUACCAGCAACCUACUUUGUCACCAGCGGCAAGACUAGUCAGUGGUGACUUUGCCAAUGUCCUUCAAGAUUGCUUGCCCAAUUUCUCAUCCUACCUCCCUGUAUCUUCUCGAGAGGAUACUACUAACGAACAGCCUGUCAAGGCCCUCUCAGCCCGCCAUGGAGUCGCUCUUUCUGGAACAGCUCGUACAGCUUCCGCGAUGACCCGCUUUUCCUUCCCACCUCUUCCACUGGCGGUUUCGGUAUCGCGUGUGGCUGGCCCAGACGGUAUACUUCAGCAUAGUGCCGAAGAGCGCUGGAAGAAGACCGGAGAGGGCGAAGGUGGUAUGAUCGGUAUCGAAUAUCGCUUUGGACAAGGUACAGUGGUGGCCGACUUCAAUUGCGGAGGCAUGUUUCGCGCCUGGGUCGAUGAUGAUGGCAAGCAGCGCAUGAUGGUGUUCAAGGAAGAGUUCUAA